AUGGAGGCUAUGGGGACUGGGUUUCCUUCAGAGGUGGAAGAAAUGAGGGGCCCUCCCGGGCGCAACAUGCCCGCCCUAGCCAUCAGGCCUCUGAGAAGAAAUGAGCCGCUUCAUUAUGUGUCGAUGGCGUAUAAUACCACGUUGCAAAAAGUAGGGGCGAAAAAUGGUCAUUUUUGUUCAUUGUUCAUUAAAUCGUGGAUUUCGCAAUUUUUCAAUAAUUUUUAAUUUUUUUCGUGGAUAUGAUGUCCAGUUGAAUUUUUAUGUGAAGUAUGGUUAUAUUUGUUCUUUUCUUUAGGCGAAAUGUUUCCGAUUUAUGGUUACGAACCCGCUGACUAGUGAGAGAAUAAAUUUCCGUCGCCACCAAAUUGGAAAUUCAAAAAACCUUGUUUUAAAGCUUCGAAGCCCCGGGCGCCCUGGGCAGCGACUUAUCAAGAAAUGGCCAUGGCGGCCUACGUCGGUUUGGAAAUGUAAACGUUUGAAAACGCUUAGGGGCGCCAUUUCUCCACCUCUGGUUUCCUUGGACUUCGGGCGACGAUCGGGCUCGUCGUCGUCAUCGGAGGUCGGAGGCGAGGCGAGACGAUUGGACAAGAUCUCUCUCACAGAUCUUUAUAUAGUGGUUUUAUCUCCCACGUUAAUCAUUAUUCUACAUACACCACAAAUCCUAAAAGCCAAAUUUUUUUACAAGUUCGAGUCUCUAUUUUCUCUUCGGACAACAUCCAGUUUUCAGGUCCAUAAAUUCUUCGGUUCCGGAGGCGGAGAAGCGUAUGGAAGACGGGUGUAAUGCGGUGGCUGUUCCUAGGAAACGAAGCUCUUUUUUUCAGGUCCGUUCAUUUUCUCUCCGGAUUCCGUAGUUCUUUCAUUGCUCACCAGUUAG